UAAAAAAUUCAACGUUAGUUGCAUAUGAAUGUGCAUCUAAAUGGGCUGGCAUUGAUAACGAUUUAAAGAAAAUGUUGAUCGAGAAUAAAUAUCAAUUACCAUGGAUUCCUUAUGAUGAAUUCAAUGUAAUUAGGAUAAUAGGAAAAGGUGGAUUUGCAAUUGUUUAUGUUGCAAAUUGGUUUGAUAAAAGCCGCAAUUUCAGAACUAAGAUUGCGCUUAAAAUACUUGAACUAAAUGAUCAUCUAGAAUUUAUAAAAGAGUUAAAAAUCUUUUGUGAAAUUAAAGAAAUAUAUCCAUCAUUUUUGAAAUGUUAUGGAAUAACAAAAGAUGAUAAAGAAAAAUAUAUCCUU